AUGUACCUUAUCCCCGAGUGUUGUAUAUGUAGAUUAAGCUUGAAGAAAAACUUAUGUGUAGAAAAGAACUGCGGAAAUAUUUUUCAUUAUGCCUGUAUGAAAAAAUGGAUAUCUGUUCAGAAGUCUUGCCCUCUAUGCAAAUGUACUUGCUAUAAAAAAAAUUUGUUAUAUAUUUACUACGAAAUAAACGAAGAAAAUAAAAUUAAUAUUAAUGAAAAUUUGGUAAAUAAAAGUAAAGAUGAAUUAUGUGAAGCUUUAAUAAAAUACGAAGCUGAAUUAAUAAAAACUCAAAAUGAAAAUGAGAAAUAUGCACUUGAAAUUUUAACCUUAACAAAUAAAAAUAAAAUUUUAAGUGAUACUAUAAAUAAAAAUAAUGUCAAAAUGAAUGAAGAUCACUGUGAAAAAUUAAAAUUAAAAGAAUUAAAAGAUGCAUAUCUGAAAGAUAAAAUAUUCCUCACAACAAAAAUUGAAGAAUAUGAUAAAGAACUAAAGAAAUACAAAAUCGUACAAAAUUAUUUGGACGAUUUAAAUAAAGAAGACUUAAAUAAAAUUAAUUUAUUAUUUGGUUUUAACAUAUUAACCUUAGAAGAACAACAAAAUGUUAUUCAUAAUUAUAUUAAAAACUGUCUAAGUAACCAAAAAAAAAAUGAAAUAGUUGUUAAAGAAUUAAAUAAAAAUAUAACCGAAAAAGAUGACCAAAUUCAAAGUUUAAAAGAGAAGUUAUAUAAAUACAAGCUCAAUCAUGAUAUAACUGAUAGUAAUGAACAAGUGUCCAAUGAUGAAAAUGAUACAAAAACUAUUAAGAUUAAAAAUAAGAUAAUUAGACGUGUUAAAACAUUAGAAUCAGUCAGAAAAAAUAACAGAAACAGUAACGACAAUUCUAUUUAUUCCAAGUCAAAAACUGCUAAUCAUAAUAGUCUCUUGAAUAAUAGUAUAGGUUUUAUGAAUUUUCUUAAUAAAAAAAUGAACAGUUCAGAGUCUCCUGAACAAGUGAAUGUUACUCCAAAAAAACGGAAAUAUCAACCAAUUGAAAUAGACCUACUUAGAAAUAAAUCAGUGGACAAAAUUUUUAAUAACCUGACUGAUAAAAAUUAUCAUAACGAAAAUAAAAAAGAAUAUAACAGUGAAGUAUAUUCCAAUCCAACAGAUUCCGGUCAAACAGUAAACUCAUUACAUAACUACAAAACGCAGACGCCUACUUCCACUUCGUUAAAACUUUUGCACACCUAUAAAAUUAAUAGAAAUAAAAAUAGGAAAUCCUUUCCAAUUCAGUCAACUAAAAUAACCGAUUUUUUUAGAAGAAUUUGA